UAAUAUUAAAAAAAAUAAUUUUGAAAAUAGGCGAAAUAGGCUUGGCCUGCACUAGUAUUAUUUCGUGCCUAUAAAAUAAUUAUUAUCUCAUUUUUAUGUCAAAUAUAUUCAAGAGUUUUUACAUAAUUUACUUGUCUUAUAUAGGUAAGACCUUAGAGUCCUCUAGAUAUCCUCGAUGUUUUAAUUAAGACAAACAUUGUAAACAAUAAUAUCUUUAUUUUGUUGUCCGGUGAAGGAACCUGUUCUCGUGUAUUGAAGUGUCGUUUUAUUUAUUCCUAUUUCGAUCCGAAUGCAUUUCGGCAUCGGCGUGCAUGCAAUAAAACGCGUUUAAAUUGUAUUUAUUUAUAAACGUCGAUUUCUGAAACCGAUCGUAAAAUUUCGCACGUCUUGUGUUGCUAGGGUGUUGGAAUUUGGACGAUUUUAGGGAGUUUCUUUAUUCUAAUGACUAAUUUACCUACGAUGAAUAUAUAAUUAGGGUUAUCACUAAGAUAAAUUGAUUGCUUAUGAGUAAAUCAGCGGAUUCUGUUCAUUAAUUUUGAUUUAUUUUCAGCAUGCUCAUCUAUCAAAGAAUAUUCUCAUGCCUAUACAGUACUCACACCAUACAAAGUAUUUAAUUAAUUAAGAAAAAUGUAAAUUAUUUUAAUAAGCAAUAGAUUUACACAGAUCAGCAAGCCGCAAGAGAAAAUGAGGUUUUUUAUUUACUCUUUUUUUUUUGGUAUAUUUACAAGUAUGAAUCGUGCAGUUUUAAUUUUGAGAACUAGCAACCCCGAGUGUUGGCGGACUUAUUGGUACGUUUCGAGUUAACAGUAAAACGCAAUGGCUACGCAUUUGGCUUUCUCGAUACUGAUGUUGGCGGUUUUGGAAGUCAGUCAAGCAAAUGUAGCUCACAACGCUGCCGCUUUGAAACCUUUCCUAGAUCCAAAGAGACGAAGUGAAAUAGUAGACGAAACGUUUCUAGAACAAAAAGAUAUAUUAUUAGAUAUGCUUGAAGCAAAACUUAAAGAAGUAAGAGACAAAAAGAAAAGGAAGCCGAACAUGACUGACCUCAACCACUUUACAAAUAACAAUCACUUCGAAAGACCUGAUCCGAGUAAACUGUGCGAUAGUGUGCUACAGAACCUUGAUGUCAAAGUUAGGAUAAACGGUAUCAGUGCGAUCGGGGAUGCGGACUUACAGCUCAAGUAUGGAACUUCUGGUAAAGGCACAGUUAAUUUAGAAGCUAAUGGAAUAUCUAAUGUUGGUAAAGUUCACAUGGAAAUGGGGGUCGGGGACACUGCAGUCUAUAUUCCCGGCUUGAGCAAUUUAUUCAUCGACCGCCAACGUCUUAAUUGCACAAAGCAAAACAUAAGUGCAGCACCAUUAGAAGAAAAGGCUCACGACGAAACACGAAGAAUCGAAAGUGAUCCUAAUAAUGAUCUGAAUAAAGUUCCGAAUGCAACAACUAGUGUACCACAGCAUAUUCAUAGAGUGCAUGAAGCCAAAAACAUGACAGUUUCAUCAUCUACUCUUGAAAGUACUAUUUUGACUCCAGUUGCUGUUACAACUGUAACAAUGACAUCUGUUAACGGCAAUAUAGCUCAUAACAAUACGGUUUAGUCAGGAAAUGUGUUCAGUUGUAAUAAAUGUUUAUUUGAGAAUGUCCUUUUUAUUUUGUGUCUUAAAUAUAAGCCCGUUAAGAACAUAUUUCAUCGUGACAUUUUAAGUGAAAUGCAUUUAAGUGAUGUUUCUCAGUAUCAUAUUAUAUUACUUCAGACUUUUUAAAAAAUUGUCUCAAGCACAGUCUUCAUUAACUAUUUUGUUAUAGUCUUUUUCUCUGAAAUAAGAUAGCUAUGGCAGAAUAAGGACAAUUUGCUUGCAACCAAAAAUAUAAAAGUAUAACGAUUUGUCAUAAUCGAAUACUACAUUUUCCGUUCAUAGGAGAUGUGACUAAUGAUUGAAUUGUCAUCAUUUACGUCUAUUAAAAAAAAAAAUGCUACUCAGUAGCACUUUUCGAAUGUCAAACGCCACAUUGGACUGUACCCUGAUUCGCCUAUCUUUCACCGCUUGUGUGGUGCUGCAGUGCUGAAGAAACGGCGAAAUAAAUCCCACAGUACAGCAAGCUGUCUUCUCAUUACAAAAUUAAAUAAUUAUUUAUACCGUUAACAAAAAAUCAUCUUAGAAAUCUUGGAAUAUCCUACUGUACUAAACUUGUUUGCAACUACCCACUAAAUUGGACGUGAUAGCAUCAACAAAUCUCCUUCUACUACUAUAUCUAUUUGUUUCCUCGUUAAUCGUCGAGAAGGAAUAAUUUCACACAAUUCUACCAAAGCCCCACGAGUUACAGCGUAAUCUUGGUAUGUCUAAAGGCGUUAUGGCGGUAAUUCCCAAAGCAAAGCACCCUAAUCUAGAAUACUAAGAGAAAAUCUUUUCACUCUUCCAAAUUACGUAGCGAUUUACAUUUUCGCUCUUAUGUUUGUCAUUUUAUGACAACUGUUGAUAUUCUUAAUGAAAAUUAUAUGGAUUUUAGGCUUUAGUCCUCCAGUUUCAGUUGGAUUUUAAAUGUAAGUAUUAUGUUUUUACUUAGCCGUGGAAGAGAGACGCCACUACAGGUUAUAUUUUGCUUCUUCUCACUUCCACAGUUACUGUUGCCAUUUCUGCAUUGAGAGUUCGUGGUACAAAGAAAUACUUUAGGAAAACGAUAUCUUUUUCUAAGUAUUUAAUUAGUUAUAUAAAAUAGUGUUUCUCGUUUUAAAUUAGGGGAUGAUUUAUCUUAAAAUUAUUAAAACCCUAUUAAAAGAGUUAUGUCACAAUUCAACAGC